UCUAGAAAUCUCAGAUUUCUUCGUCCUUCAAAUUCAAACGCCGUUUCUUUCAACCAAGAAUCAAACUCACGCCGUCAGGGGUUUACUGUGGAAAUUGCUUGUGGCUGGUGAAGUUUUCCGCAACAUGUCGAAUAUCCAAACCGAGCAGCUUCUGCAAAUGGAAACGACUUGCGGGUCCCUUCUAUGUGAGCUUAAGAUAAUUUGGGAUGAAGUUGGAGAGACGGAUAAGGAUAGGGACAAGAUGUUGCUUGAGCUUGAGCAGGAGUGCCUUGAAAUAUACAGAAGAAAGGUAGAUCAGGCCAAUCGGUGUAGGGCACAGUUACGUCAGGCAAUUGCUGACUCUGAAGCAGAACUUGCGGCAAUCUGUUCUGCAAUGGGGGAGCGACCGGUUCAUAUUAGGCAGUCUGAUCAAAGUGUUGGAAGCUUGAAGGAAGAACUCAGCAAAAUAAUUCCUCAGCUGGAGGAAAUGCAGAAGAGAAAAGUUGAAAGAAAAAACCAAUUUCUAGAAGUCGUAGAGCAGAUACAAAUGAUUUCAAGUGAAAUUAAUGGAAGCACAAGUUGCAUUUCUUCUAAAGUAGUUGUGGAUGAAACUGAUUUGUCUUUGAGAAGGCUUGAAGAAUUGCACAGACAGCUCCAUGCACUCCAAACAGAGAAGAGUGAUAGACUUAAGCAGAUACAGGCCCACCUGGGUACAUUGAACUCGCUUUGCUUAGUUCUUGGUAUGGAUUUCAAACAGACAAUCAGUGAGAUUCAUCCCAGUCUUGAUAAUUCAGAAGGAUGUAAAGAUAUAAGUUUGGACUUAAUUGAGCGAUUGGCCACUGCAAUAAAGAAAUUCCGUGAUGUUAAAAUACAGAGAAUGCAGAUGCUUCAAGAUCUUGCAACCACCAUGUUGGAGCUAUGGAACUUGAUGGAUACACCAAUAGAGGAGCAACAGAUGUUUCAGAAUAUAACAUGUAACAUAGCUGCUUCAGAACAUGAGAUAACUGAGCCAGAUACACUCUCUGUGGACUUCAUCAAUUAUGUUGAGGCAGAAGUGUCACGGUUGGAAGAGCUGAAAUCAAGUAAAAUGAAAGAGCUUGUUCUUAAGAAGAGGACAGAGCUAGAAGAGAUCUGUAGGAAGACUCAUAUGGUCAUAGAGGCAGAUAGUGCAAUUGAAUAUGCCAUUGAAGCUAUAGAAUCUGGAGUUGUGGACCCUUCAUGUGUAUUGGACCAAAUUGAGGUCCAGGUUGCAAAGGUUAAAGAGGAAGCUUUUAGCAGGAAAGACAUACUUGAAAGAGUUGACAAAUGGUUGUUCGCUUGUGAUGAGGAGUGCUGGCUUGAGGAAUAUAAUAGGGAUGAAAACCGAUACAAUGCCGGCAGAGGAGCUCAUCUUACUCUCAAGCGCGCUGAGAAAGCACGUGCUUUGGUUAACAAACUUCCAGCAAUGGUGGAUGCAUUGGCUUCAAAAACCAUCGCAUGGGAGAAGGAGAGAGGAACUGAAUUUACUUAUGAUGGUGUCCGUCUUCUUUCCAUGCUUGAAGAGUAUACUAUAUUACGGGAUGAAAAGGAACAAGAACGCCGAAGGCAGCGGGACCAGAAAAAGCUUCAGGGUCAGCUGAUGGCUGAACAAGAGGCACUUUAUGGGUCAAAACCUAGUCCUUCAAAGACUCAGAGUGUUAAAAAGGGUCCUAGAAUGUCAACAGGAGGUGCAAGCAAUAGAAGACUUUCAAUGCAAGCUCCCAAAGCUGAUUCAAUUCACUCCACUAGAGUGCCUGCUACUCCUCUUUCACGUCCUAGUUCAAGGAAGAGUGAUCGAGGCCACCAAAUUGAGCAUGAUGAUGGCCUCACAGCUUUGGCUACCGGAAGGAGAAACUUAAGUCGGAAUAGCUCUUUUGGUUCUAGCUAUGAACCUGAAUCACCCAUGAUGCGGAAACCCUUUGCGCCAAUUUCUCUCCCUGCUGAAAACGGCACCUUUGCUACUCCUAUGAAGUCCACAAAUGUUCCAGAGGAGGACUACACCAAGACUCCCAAGGUCAUCAUGUCUUUUGUGCCCACUACACCUCAAACAGUGUCAGUACCAAUGCAGACAGCCGUGACCCCAGCUCCUCCAUCACACCAACCGAUUCCUUAUGCUGCCAAUGUAGCCAAGGAGGUUGCCCCCGAAGAGGUUGAGUACUCUUUCGAGGAAAUCAGAGCCGGUUUCGUGCUCCCUUCAGCACAUACCAAGUCGAUACAUGUCUGAUAGGACUAGUUAUAUGUAGUACACUCUUUGGUGAACUUGAAGAAAACUCUUAUUGCCUGUUUUUAGCUUUGCCUUCUGUAAGUCAAUUCUAAUUGGCUUCCCUGAUUUGUGUAUAUAGUCUACGACAUUCGAACGUGGACUAAGAUAUCUGAACCUGUUACUCUCUGAAUCAAUGUGAUAUCAUAUUUUGC